CAAUGGGUCGACGGAAAAUGAAAUCUCGGGAAAUUUCGCUUGGGCGCCCGGUCUCUCGAGCUGAACUCGUCUGGAGUCAUGCAGUAUUAUCGAUGUCACUUCAUGAUAAAAAUCCAGCUCGUUGGAUGGAUGGAGGGAGGAAAUUAUAUUACGUAAUGAAAACGUUGAAACCGGUCUGACAUUUCCAUUGAAAGUUUUCAUCCCAACUGUUGUCCACAACGAUUCAAAUUGCACUAAAAGCUCUCAAGAAAAAGAUGUGCCUCCUCCGAGAAUUGACGAAAAUCAAAUAGUAUUAUGACCGACUUUCUUGGCACAUUUCCAAGUGAUCGUGGACUUCAAGUGAAAGAUGAAUCUCGCGUGUAAUGAAGCAGUCGAUUUUCAACUAAGUAUCCGUGCCGCCCCUUCGAAAAUCCGUGUUAACCCCCGAGGGUCUCUCCACCCUCAAAAUGGGGCUGGUACCGUGCAUUGUGGUGUCCAUCCUGUACGUGCUGAUUACCAUGUUUUUGGCAGAGGUCCUCCGAAAAUUGGCCGUUGGUAUAUUUGAACCCAGGUCUUUGGUUUUGAUCGCCAUCAAGGAGUUCAUUGCCGCAGCCGAAAUGUGUGCUUGCAGUUUUGAACUGAUUAUUAUUGCGGAUAACUAUGGCAUUAUGGCAUAUGCAGCCUUUUUGUUCUUGCUCACCAUUUGGUGGUCCGACCAUUGGGAUGAUGCGAGCGCGUGUCCUUACGUACAUUUUGAGUCAUGUCUAGAAGGAACCAUGUCCGUGGUGGAAACCAUCGUUCGAACCCUGGCCGAAACGGCCGGAGGAUUGGCCGUUUUCAGGUAUGUGCAACUUCUGUGGGCUUUGGAGUUUGCUGAAACCCACGUGGGUAGGCCCCAUUCCUUGGCUUUCGAUGAAUGCUCAGCAGAUCUUCAAGUGCCAGUUCUAUACGGAGCUCUGAUUGAAGGUGUGGCUACGAUGUUGUGCCGAUUGACGAGCAAACUGUUGUCGGAUAACGAGCCUAGAUAUUCGAGUGCCAUAGACUCAUUUGUCGCAACUGCUUUGGUGAUUGCCGCCUUCGAUUAUUCUGGUGGAUAUUACAAUCCCGUGCUCGCCACCGGUCUCAAGUACGGAUGUCGAGGUCAUACUACCACCGAGUUAGUUCUGGUCUAUUGGCUUGGUUCAUCCUUAGGAGCUAUUGCUUCUAUUUAUGUGUAUCCACCUUUAAAGCGGUUUAUGGGCGGUCAACCCAAGCCAAAAGAGGCGUAAACUGCCUUGAAUUGCUCAAUCACGUUCUGACGAGCUUCCAAAUCCUAAGAAUGACGAACACCCGUCAAAGAAAGCCAAGCCUGUUAAAUAUGAAUAUGAAAUAUAAUAUAGUUAUUGCUCUAUUCUCA